ACUCUCUCAUCAAAUUAAAAAACGAUGUGUGCUUAAUGUCUUUAGUAUGUGGUGGUGCUUGCCUCAUUAAAUUCAAUCAACUCUAUUUAAAGCACACGACGACGUCGUUUUCCUAAGAGUCUAGACUGUACUGCUUUUUCUUAUUUUUAUUUUUAUUAAUUUGAUCCUUAUCUCUGUUUAAGUUUCUGGAUUUCUCCAGAAAACCAUGUCUAUUCCAUUGCUGUUUCCAGAAUUGUCGAAACGUUCCUUUAAAAUCAUGCAUACCAGUAUCCUCAUUCUCAUCAAUCCAAGAAAAAAGAAGAAGAACCCAAUACUCAUUUUCAAUUACCAUUAUUAAAAUCCAAUCAUUUAAGCCUUCGAGAUAAAGAAAAUGUCUCAAGCAUUGUCAAACAUAAGCCUCUUACUUCCUCUGUCAUCAUCAAGAAGGGUGAGUUACUCACCAAAGCUUCAAUCUUUUCCGGUCGUCAAGGCCAGGGCAGCAGGGGACUACAGAGACAAUCUUGACCACUUACAGAGAGCUCCAACUACGAAGCAACACACUCCACCUAAGAAAAGAGUUGCCCCAACAGCUCCAGUAGGAUUAUGGGACAGGUUUCCGACGGCGAGAACUGUACAGCAGAUGAUGGAGACAAUGGAUAGAAUUAUGGAGGACCCAUUGGAGUACUCAAAUGGGUGGUCAUCUACUGUGCCCAGCGAGGCUACUCCGUACAAGCGAGGGAGAACACCAUGGGAGAUCAAAGAAGGUGAAACAGAGUACAAAUUGAGGUUCGACAUGCCUGGAAUGACGAAGGAGGAUGUGAAGGUUUGGGUGGAAGAGAAAAUGUUGGUGUUGAAGGCACAGAAGGAGCCGAAGAAGAAGGAGAAUGGGGUCAAUGAUGGGAAUGGGGAAGGAGAUGAAGAGGAGUGGUCUGCUAAAAGCUAUGGCAAGUAUAGUUGUAGAAUCGCUUUACCUGAGAAUAUCCAGUUCGAGAAGAUUAAAGCUGAGGUUAAAGAUGGGGUUUUGUAUAUUAAUAUCCCCAAAGCUACUGUUAGCUCAAAAAUUUUGGAUAUCAAUGUACAAUGAUCAAAAUUUUCUUUUUGGUUCUAAUCUAGCUAAGUUGUAAAUGAUAAACAAAAUAGUUUUUUGAGAUAAUUUGAUUGAGUUUACCGUGGAUA